UUGAACGUACAAUUCGCCUACGCGUCCAAUCACCAUCUUUCCGUCUGCCACCAGACUAAUGUCGUGUCAAGCUGUCAGGUUCCUUCAAGCAAAGUGGCCGAGAGCAUUACAUGUCAGUCUUGCCGGCAUCGGGUAACUGUCAACCUCAACCGAGCCGCUCCCGUCCGAAACCUGUACCAGGCAAUCGUUCAACUUCUCCAUACCACUACAGAUGGCCAGAUAGGACCGCUGAUAUAUACUGGAGCACUUGCAACUCGACUAUGGCGUCUGAACACCAAUCCCAUUACGCAACUAGUCGCUUUUGUAUCGAUCCAUAUACUCCAUUCUCUCAGUGUUGUAACACACUCUUGUAACCAAACGUCACCUAUCUCGACUUCCCGACUCUACAAUGCACAUCAAGACACUCACUAUUGCAGUUGCUAUGGUGACCAUAGUCAUUGCGGCCCCCAUCCCCCUUCACCAUACGAACACCGAGCGUCUUCCCAACCAUCCGGCCUCGACACCAGACUUGGGGAGCAAGACUCUGUAUCUACAAUCACACGAGACUGCGAUGAUCACUGGUCAGGGCCAUGUUGUUGACACAUCAACUAUGGUACCAGAGAGUGAUCCGGAAGACAUGUCUCUGUCUUGCGAAUCUUUACACGCGUUCGUAUGGUGGUAUUUAGGCAGGAUCUGGGAGAGCGUCUGGCUUAUUGUUUGAAUGGAGUAAAUCAUGCAUUAUACGCUUUAUUGUAUGCCUCUUUUCCAAGGUAUUUGAAUGCCUGCACGAACAAAAUCGUUAUGUUUGUAUCCUUUCCAGACAAAGCGCAA